AAGCGCUUUUCACUCGUUCUUCAGCGUCGCGGGAAGAGCAGCCAGCCUUAUAGCCUGAGAGCAGUAAUAAUGAAAUUCCUGGUGCUCCUUUUUUGUGUGCUGGCCGUCGUGGCUGCUGGGAAGAACAAGAACAAGGCUUUCGUCAGAAAAUGUCCAAAGGUUUUUGGCAAGACGCCGUUCGACCAACAAAAGUUUGCUGGACUUUGGCACAUGAUCUCGUACAUGGAGACGGAACUGACCGAAGAGAAGUGCGCCAGGAUGAAUGUAACCGUGAAGACGACUGAAGACGGAGCGACCAUCCUCGACUACCAGCUGCCGCACAAGACGCUGGACGGCUCACUGAAAACGGACGAAGUCUACAGCGUGGCGGAAAAGGGCAAAACGGCCGAGUCGUUUGCGGUGUUCAAGCAGGAAGGCGGCCAGUGGUCAGAUCCCUACAAAAAGUAUAUUGUGGCCACGGACUACAACACCUACGCCAUCACAAUCUCCUGCAAAACAAUUUUCAACGAAGAAAAGAUGAAGAUGGACCGCUCUAUGUGCGCUCACGUUUACUCAAGAAAUACAACCCUUCCUCAACAAACGCUGGAAAUUCUGCACAACAUCAUGAGUAGCUACGACAUUGACACUGCAUCAAUGAAAAUUAUGGAUCACUCUAAUUGUCAGUAGAGUUAAAUAUUAAACACUGCUGGUGUUUGCAGAGCGGGAGAACUAAAGCGAAAAAAUUUCAUUUUUAUACCGUGCUUCUAGCAAGACAAAUAAAUUUUAAAAUUUAGAACGUUUGAUAUUUAAAUAUUUUUCCCAUUCGCUGUGGAUUUAUGAAUUCACUUCAUAAGUUUUAAAGUAAAAAGGAAAUUUACUCAAUGACCUUAAAAAAUUACCCUUUAACCCAACUGGUUUAACUGAAUAAAUAUUCGUACUAAAAAAAUA